CCCCCUCACGAUCCCCCCCCGCGUUUUUCGGUUUCCUUUUUCCGCCGCUUUUCCUUUUUUUCCUUCCGGGACGAAGCGGAAGCGGGGAAAAAAUAAAAAACAAACCCCGAAGGGCCCGGGAUGAGCGGCCGCAGCCGGCCGGGCCUGCGGCGUCCAUGACAGGCUGGGCGGGGGCCCCGGCGACGCGCGGGAGGUGAUGGCGCAUCGCUUCUUCUGCGGCAUCGACUGGGACGACGUGGUGCAGAGAAAGCUGGUGCCGCCCUUCCGGCCUCAGGUGACGUCCGAGGUGGACACCAGGUACUUUGACGAGGAGUUCACGGCCCAGAGCGUCACAGUGACCCCCCCUGAGAGCUGUGAGCACCUGGGCUCUCCGGAGUGCGACCACCGGACGCAUUUCCCGCAGUUCUCCUACUCGGCCAGCGUCCGGGAGUGACACACCUGGGGACACCUGGGGACACCUGGGGACACCUGGGGACAGCUGGGCACACCUGGACACACCUGGGGAC